AAUUUCCUCCAUUUGCAGCUUUCUCUACUUAAUUUUUUAAACCCAUUUAUAUUUUCAAAAAUCAACAAUCUUUUUCUUACUUACUAAGUGAAAUUAGCUUACAAAUUUGGCGGCAAAAGGGGAAGAUUGUUAGAAGAAAAACAUGUUGGGAGAGCUCAUCACAAACAGUCUUGUUUUGAUUCUUGGAUAUGCAUAUCCAGCUUUUGAGUGUUUUAAAACCAUUGAGAAACAUGGAGUUGAGAAUGGAGAAUUAAGAUUCUGGUGUCAAUAUUGGGUGAUCGUUGCAAUACUUACCGUUUUUGACAGGGUUGGUGAUUUGUUCAUGUCAUGGGUGCCCAUGUAUGGUGAAAUGAAGCUAGCCCUCAUUAUCUAUUUAUGGUAUCCGAAAACUAAGGGAACCUGGUAUGUAUAUGAAGCAAUGUUGAGACCAUUUGUAGAAAGGCAUGAAACAGAUAUAGAAAGAAGUUUAAAGGAACUGAGGGCUAAAGCAUGGGACGUGGCCAUUUAUUAUUGGCAGAAUUCUACAGAAUUGGGUCAAACAAAGUUCUUUGAAAUCUUUCAGUAUUUAGUAUCCAAGCCUUCAAGACCUCUUGAGGUUUUACAAAGUCAUCAAAACUCCGGAGAUGGACGCCCUCCGCCACCUCCUGUCAACCCAACCUCAUUUUUCCGAUCAGUUCUGUCAGAAGAGAGGUGGGAAGCCACACCCACAACCACAACCACACCCACCGCUCCACCACUGCCAAACACCAGCCGACAUCACCCUGUAUACGCUGAAGAACUCCAUCUUCCACCAUCACCAAGUAGAUCGUCUAAUUCAGUUCCAGGUCAUAGAGAACCCGUUUGGCUGAGAUUUCGACGAUCCAGGGGCCUCUGAUUCCUUAAACAUACAAUGCUCGAUGUACAAAUUGUAAAGAAACCAAAAAAACACAGAAAAAAAAAAAAAAAAAAAAAAAACUUGUAUUCAUUCAUUCUAUUCUUAUUAACAUUUUGCUUCUACAAAUUAAGAAAUUAAGAAAAUCAAAGAUGGGGUUAUACCACCUUUAGGGUCAAUUAUCUUCUGGUUUUUGUGUUGGAAGACAUAAAUUAUCAGAGAAUACAAUUGAAGAAGACGGCUACGACACGAAGGAUGGUACCGGAGAAUCGGUUCCAAAUCCGGUGGAAAAAGGCGGGUCCAUCGGAUUCUGGGGUGGUUGACAUGGGUUGUAAAUAAGCCCAUGCCGCCUGUUUAACAAGACGGUUACGUAUCGAUAUUUCAUAACCACCCAAGUGAUGAGCUGCAUAGCAUGGAACUCCUCUUGGAGACUGCACGACGAUCCCUGCUGAUGGAAGGAUGUCACGGAGAGAGGUGUAAUUAUAAACAGGUGGUUUGAUGGAGGCCAACUCGAAAUCCAUUGAAGAAGAAGAAUAAGAUGAUGAUGAUGAUGACGACGUGGCUCUGGUGGUAGUAGUGGUGGUGGAGAUGGGUGGUGUUGUGGUGUCAUUAGCGACGGCGGCCAUAGCAGAGAAGAUGAAACUUGAGAGGUUAUAGAGACAGGGAUAUAUGAUAAUGAAAAAGAUACGUAUUUUGAAAAGAUGUUUUGUAGUAGUCUUUUGUAGUAUGAGUAAAGAUAAUGAUUGGCGUAUACUGUCGAUGUCUUAACCAGCAGCCUUUUUGUAUAUAUUUUCUUCCAAGAUUUCUAUAUCA